CCCAAUAAAACUUUCAGGACUCUCUGACUUCGUAUGCUCUGUCUCCACUUGCUUACUAAACAGCCUCACCGUGGCGACCGUAGCGCGGGCGGGACAGGGCGGGGCUGGAGCUGCCUGUUCCGGCAGCGAUUGGUCCCGCCUGGCGCGGGCCCCGCCCUUGCAGCGGACUGCGGUGCUUGGCCGACUUGAGCAAUUGCUGGGGCUCUGUUCCGGGAGGGAGCCAGGUGAGCUGCCCCGAAAGCGGGAUGCUCUGGCGAUCCCCAGAUCCGCGACGCUCUCUUGCUAGGCCCAAGUCCACCUGAUCAGCCGAGAUUGGAAAAGCGGUGCACGGCGAGAUACGGGAGGGAGAGCCAAGGCCAGCGAGGAGUGAACUGGCCUGGAGGCCGGUCUGUGAUCAUCAUGGAAUUGCCUCUAAGCCAAGCUACCCUCCGGCACACACUACUGCUCCUGCCUGCCCUCUUAAGUUCAGGUCAAGGGGAGCUGGCGCCACAAAUUGAUGGUCAGACCUGGGCUGAGAGAGCGCUUAGGGAGAAUGAGCACCAUGCCUUCACCUGUCGGGUUGCAGGGGGUUCUGCCACUCCCCGAUUAUCCUGGUACCUGGAUGGACAGCUACAGGAGGCCACCACCUCACGACUGCUGAGUGUGGGCGGGGACGCCUUCUCUGGAGGUACCAGCACUUUCACUGUCACUGCCCAGCGCUCCCAACAUGAGCUUAACUGCUCCUUGCAGGACCCAGGGAGUGGCCGGCCAGCCAAUGCCUCUGUCAUCCUCAAUGUGCAAUUCAAACCAGAGAUUGCCCAGGUCGGAGCCAAGUACCAGGAAGCUCAGGGCCCAGGCCUUCUGGUUGUCCUGUUUGCCCUGGUGCGGGCCAACCCACCUGCCAAUGUCACCUGGAUUGACCAGGAUGGGCCAGUGACUGUCAAUGCCUCUGACUUCCUGGUGCUGGAUGCUCAGAACUAUCCCUGGCUCACCAACCACACUGUGCAGCUGCAGCUCCGAAGCUUGGCACACAAUCUCUCGGUGGUGGCCACCAAUGAUGUGGGCGUCACCAGCGCUUCACUUCCAGCUCCAGGGCUCCUGGCCACACGGAUAGAGGUGCCACUGCUGGGCAUCAUUGUGGCUGGAGGACUUGCCUUGGGCACUCUAGUGGGGUUCAGUACCUUGGUGGCCUGCCUGGUCUGCAGGAAAGAGAAGAAAACAAAAGGCCCUUCACGGCGUCCUUCUCUGAUAUCUAGUGACUCCAAUAACCUGAAACUGAAUAAUGUACGCCUGCCACGGGAAAACAUGUCCCUCCCAUCCAACCUUCAGCUCAAUGACCUUACUCCAGAUCUCAGAGGGAAAGCAACAGAGUGGCCAAUGGCUCAGCAUAGCAGCCGUCCAGAACUUCUAGAAGCGGAACCUGGUGGCCUCCUCACCAGCCGAGGUUUCAUCCGUCUCCCAAUGUUGGGCUACAUCUACCGUGUGUCCAGCGUAAGCAGUGAUGAGAUUUGGCUCUGAGCUUGAGGGUGAGGCAUGAGGCCCAGGUUGCCUGUGGACUCCCCAGAGUGCCCACCCCAGUGUCUCCUUCAAGCUUUCCUCUGCCUGGCCCUGUUGUGACCAUGAAGAAACCAUGUUACUGUCAUCUAGCCUGCCUGGCAAGGAUACCCUGUGGGUCAUGCAUGUGUAUUUCUUUGCACUCUAACCUGCAAGGCAUGGGUACCCUUGGUGAGUCCACUGGUCAAAACUAGCUAGCCCCUUGUGCUCAAUGAGUUUGGGGCCCUGCAUGUGAUAACCUGGUCCAGGUAGAUGAAACUCUGGCCAGGUAUGUUCAGGUGUCACCCAACAUCUAAGAGAUGGGCCUAUUAUAUGUCCCACACUGGUGUCCUCUGCACCUUGUGCGGUAGGCAGAGAGAUGCCUAUGUGGGGGACAGGAGGGUCCCUGCACAACUCAGAUGUCCUUCCUAUGCUAUGCAGCUUUGUCCCCUCAGGGAAAACUUAGCCCCUGCUAUCUGUAUACAACCAAAUUUACCUUUGCUCAGGAACCAGCCCCUUGCCCAGGGACCUGGCCAAGCACAAAUUAAGUCCCUUUUGCUGCAUAUCUUUCUACCCUUUUGUCCCUACCUCCUCUUGGACAUCAUAGGUCAUACCCUAGACUGUUUUCCCUGGGUAUUAGACCUCCAUUGGCUGAGGACUGCAGGUGCCAGCCUUUGGUGUUAGCACAAGAUGAGCAAGAGCUGACAGAUGGGCUGGCUCCCAGGAUGAUAUGUAGCUAUGCAUUGUUUUGUACACGUGUCUGCACUUUAAGCACAUUGCCCAGGAGAGAGGAGGGCUCAGGGCCGCCUUGUGUUCCCCAUGUUUAGCCUUCCGCAAUUCACUGAGUGUUCUGAGCACUCAGGGUUGGUGGUUUCCCUCUCUGCAUGUCUCCCCCACCAUGCAGCCAUAUUCUUGGCCAAGCCUGGCUGCCCCCUCCUGUUUUUUAGGGGAUGGUCACAGUGGGGAUAUAAUCCAACAGUGCCAGGAGGAGCUUUAGGGGGACAGAGAAAGCAGGAGCCCACAGAGCUCCAAAGAAUAAAAAGCAACCUGAAAAUGACUGGCAAACAGCAGAGUCUUUUCCUUUCUUCAUAUCUUGUUUUGUAAUUUUUCUCAUGUUACUGGUUAGGACAGUGCUGCACACACAGUAAACUCCUUU